UGCAGUUAUCAGGUCUAGCACUCGUUCUGUGACCCCCAGAAUUCUAAAUCUAUUGAAUAACACUCCAUUGCCAACAUUGUUGAUAAGCCUAGAAUGACUGGAACAAUCGGUGUUUUUACUGUGGUGGCCAUACUAAUUGUGGCCGCGGGUGCAAAAGAUGAUUCUUUUGAGAUUUUCAUGAGAAGUGAAUCGGAUCUUACUAUAAAGUUCCAAGGAAGCGAGGAUGUUUCUCGAGUGUUGGUAGCCAUUAAAGGGGAGACUAUCAGUGAAGUUUAUGAUCUUGAAAAGAAGCACGAGCUCAAGGCUUGGGGGUAUGUGGACAGAAAUACCAACAUCAAAACAGGAGGAACCCUACAAUACCAAAUCACGGUGUGGGAGCAUGGGAUUGCAAUAAAGUCCAAUUGGAAACAAGUUAUUUUAACCCCUGGUAAUGCAGUAGAACCAUCACGAAGUAUAAGAAGGGUCACAGUGUUUCGAGAUGAUUUUAACCGUUUCGAUCACAGUCAUUAUAAGAUAGAAGUUGACGCCACGGGAGGUGGGAACGGCGAAUUUCAAGUUUACACACCAGAACAUCGAAAUUUGUACACUGCUCAUGGGUAUCUAUACAUCAAACCAACGUUAACAAUCGAUCACCCGACUUUUGAUGGCUCCACGUUGUACAAUGGACAAAUGGAUGUUAAAUCUUUAUGGGGGACGUGCACGAGGUCUUGGAACUCGGGGUGUCAUAAGUCUGCAUACGGACAAGAGAUUCUACCUCCAAUUAUGUCAGGAAAAAUUUACACCAAUGCUGCAAUUAAGUAUGGACGUAUUAAUGUGCGUGCAAGACUUCCAAAAGGAGACUGGCUGUGGCCAGCUAUUUGGUUGAUGCCACGUGACAGUGUUUAUGGUAAUUGGCCUCGAUCUGGAGAAAUUGACGUCAUGGAAGCAAGAGGGAAUUCCAAAGCUAUGUCACAUGGAGUGAACCAUGGAAUAACUCAGAUUGCCUCAACACUUCAUUGGGGUCCAGAUGCCAAUCACGAUGCUCACAGGAGCACUCAUAAAGAAAAGCAUUCUACGAGUGGUGAUUGGCACAGCUGGCACACAUACUCCUUAGAAUGGACUGCACAACAUAUACUAUGUCUCGUGGAUGAUCACCAAAUAUUACGAGUCAACACACCGUCUGAUGGGUUCUGGCAUUCGGGACAUUUUUCGGGCACAAACAUCUGGGGAAAUAAUAAAAAUGCGCCAUUUGAUCAACCAUUCCAGGUUUUGCUGAACGUUGCUGUGGGUGGACUUGGUUAUUUUUCUGAUCAUUAUCAAUAUGACACACCAAAACCGUGGCAAAAUGAUUCCCCUCACCCGAAAAAAGAUUUCUGGGAGAAAAAGGACGUGUGGUUACCGACAUGGCAUGGAGAUAAUGUUGCAAUGUUGAUUGAUUACAUAGAGAUGAUUCAGUAUUAAAGAUCUUCCAUACAAUC